GCCGCCGGACUGGGCGCAAAGUUGGUGGGCGCGCUCCGCUCCUCCUCCGCCUCCUCUGCGCCCGCGUGCCGGGGAUGGCGCGGGCUCCCGCGGCCUGAGAUCCGGCGGGCGGGCGGGCAGCAGCGGCGGCAGCAGCAACCGGAGGGAGGUCCGGGAGCCCCCCGGACCCGGAGCGGAGCCCCUGCGCGGGUGGAGGAGGAAGAGGAGGAGGCAAGAUGUCCGCCCGAGUCGUCGCCUCCGCCGCCGCCGCCUCCAAGAGCACAACAAUGGAAGAAACUGCCAUAUGGGAACAACACACGGUGACGCUUCACAGGGCGCCUGGCUUUGGCUUCGGCAUCGCAAUAUCCGGUGGGAGAGACAACCCCCAUUUCCAGAGCGGUGAAACCUCAAUUGUCAUAUCAGAUGUGCUCAAAGGAGGCCCAGCGGAAGGGCUGUUGCAGGAGAAUGAUCGUGUGGCGAUGGUUAAUGGCGUUUCCAUGGAUAACGUGGAACACGCUUUCGCCGUCCAGCAGCUGAGAAAAAGUGGGAAAAAUGCCAAAAUUACCAUCCGAAGAAUGAAGAAAGUCCAUAUCCCAGUGACUCGGACGGAUCCUGACCCCGUCUCUGAAAACGACGAGGACAGCUACGAAGAGGAACUGCACGACCCCCGAGGUUCCCACGGUGCUACGAGCAGAAGGCACGAGAAGAGUUGGACGAGGGACCGGAGUGCGAGUCGAGAAAGGAGCGUGUCGCCACGGUCGGACCGGAGGUCCACGGCUUCCAGCCAACCCGCGAAACCCACGAAGGUCACGCUGGUGAAAUCGAGGAAGAACGAAGAAUACGGGUUGCGCCUGGCCAGCCACAUCUUUGUGAAAGAAAUUUCUCAAGACAGCUUGGCAGCCAAAGAUGGCAACAUCCAGGAAGGAGAUGUUGUGCUGAAGAUCAACGGGACCGUCACGGAAAACAUGUCCUUGACGGAUGCCAAAACCCUGAUAGAAAGGUCAAAGGGCAAGUUGAAAAUGGUGGUUCAGAGGGACGAGAGAGCAACCCUGUUGAACGUCCCCGAUCUUUCCGACAGCAUCCACUCGGCCAAUGCUUCGGAAAGAGACGACAUUUCAGAAAUUCAGUCGCUGGCAUCUGAUCAUUCCAACCGAUCCCAUGACAGGCCCCGUCGCAGUCGUUCACGAUCUCCUGACCAGGGGUCAGAACAAUCUCCACAGCAGCCCAACAAUGGCAGUCACCGGAGUAGAGAGGAGGAAAGAAUAACCAAGCCGGGAGCUGUUUCCACGCCUGUGAAGAAUGCGGAGGAAACGCCUCUAGCCAAAGCCGUAGAAGAAUCCGUAGCCGAGAAAAACGACAAACAGACCCCACCACUUCCAGAACCGAAGCCCGUCUAUGCGCAGGUCGGACAGCCCGAUGUGGAUUUACCCGUCAGUCCCACCGAUGGCCCUUUACCAAACUCAACGCAUGAAGACGGGAUGCUUCGGCCAAGCAUGAAGCUCGUAAAAUUCAAGAAGGGAGACAGCGUUGGCUUGAGGUUGGCUGGUGGCAAUGACGUUGGCAUAUUUGUGGCUGGCGUUUUGGAGGACAGCCCCGCUGCCAAGGAAGGCUUGGAAGAAGGCGAUCAGAUUCUCAGGGUAAAUAACGUCGACUUCACUAACAUCAUCCGGGAAGAAGCGGUUCUCUUCUUGCUUGACCUACCCAAAGGAGAAGAAGUCACCAUUUUGGCACAGAAGAAGAAAGAUGGUGAGUCAACAGUCUUUGGUGCCCUGGGUAGACUCACUGGGCAGGCGAUGGGAGCCUUCCUCCUCCUCCCCUCUUCUUCUGUCUCCCUAACAGUUUAUCGGCGCAUCGUGGAAUCCGACGUGGGGGAUUCUUUCUACAUCCGAACUCACUUUGAGUAUGAGAAGGAGUCUCCUUAUGGCCUCAGCUUCAACAAAGGGGAGGUCUUCCGCGUGGUGGACACACUGUACAAUGGCAAGCUGGGCUCCUGGCUGGCCAUCCGGAUUGGCAAGAAUCAUAAGGAAGUGGAAAGAGGCAUCAUACCCAACAAAAAUAGAGCUGAACAGCUGGCCAGUGUCCAGUACACCCUUCCAAAGACCGCAGGGGGGGAUCGAGCGGAUUUCUGGAGAUUCCGAGGUCUGCGCAGCUCCAAGCGAAACCUGAGAAAAAGUAGAGAAGAUCUGUCUGCCCAGCCAGUCCAGACCAAGUUUCCUGCCUACGAGAGGGUGGUCCUCCGAGAAGCUGGAUUUCUCAGGCCGGUGACCAUCUUUGGACCAAUUGCCGACGUUGCGCGAGAAAAGCUGGCUCGUGAGGAGCCUGACAUUUACCAGAUCGCCAAAAGUGAGCCCAGGGAUGCUGGAACUGACCAGCGUAGCUCAGGCAUCAUUCGCCUUCACACAAUAAAACAGAUAAUUGACAGAGACAAACACGCACUCUUGGACGUCACCCCAAAUGCUGUGGACCGCCUAAAUUACGCCCAGUGGUAUCCCAUUGUGGUGUUCUUGAACCCGGACUCCAAGCAGGGGGUAAAGACCAUGAGGACGAGGCUCUGUCCCGAAUCCCGGAAAAGUGCCAGGAAAUUGUACGAGAGGGCUCACAAGUUACGCAAAAACAACCAUCACCUCUUUACGGCUACCAUUAACUUGAAUUCCAUGAACGACGGAUGGUAUGGAGCACUCAAGGAAGCGAUCCAGCAACAACAAAACCAGCUGGUUUGGGUGUCGGAAGGAAAGGCCGAUGGCACUACAAGUGAUGACCUUGAUCUACAUGAUGACCGGCUCUCCUACCUGUCGGCUCCAGGUAGCGAGUACUCCAUGUACAGCACCGACAGCCGGCACACCUCCGACUACGAGGACACGGACACAGAAGGUGGAGCCUACACAGACCAAGAGCUGGACGAGACACUCAACGAUGAGGUUGGGACCCCCCCAGAAUCCGCCAUUACGCGCUCCUCCGAACCCGUAAGAGAAGAAGCAUCCGGGGUCCAUCCAGAGAACCAAAACUACCCUCCGUAUGGGUCCCAAGGCCAGCCACAGCCAAAUCCCAGGAUAGAAUCUCCGGGUUUUAAAAACUGUACUGCUCAACCGAAAGCAGAGGCUUCUUCACCCCCCUACCUUUCCCCGUCGCCAGAAACGGGGGCCCCGGCCUCUUCGACGUCUGCCGGUAACCCCUGUGUAAGCCUCCCCAGGCUGGAGGAACCUGGGGCGGCCCCCUACAACUCGUACCAGCCACAAGCGGGGCCCCUAAGGAUGGCCGGCCCCGAGGCGCCCCACAUAGUCCUCAGAGACCAGGACCUGCCUUCCUUACCACCGCACGUAGAUUCAACUAAGAUGUACCGGAAGGAGCCUUUUGUAAACGAGGACCUCCCUCGUCAAAACUUUGCCUUGAAGCAGCCAGGACAGAGACAAGAGAAAGACCCUAAUCUGACCUAUGAACUACAGGGUCCGUAUCCGGAGAAACCGGCCAACCGGGAUUACGAGCCCUUGGCGUACCGCUAUGACUCCUCCAACUACGUGGACCCGUUCCCUCACAGCUAUGACCCCCGCCUGCCCUACGAGGAGCACGUGCCCCCUUACGAAGACCACUGGAUGUAUUACGAGGAGAAGCAGCCCUACCAGCCUCGGCCCCCCUACGAGAGCCAGCCGCCCCGGGAUUUUGACCCUCGGGCCAACACGGAAGAGAGCGCAGCGCGCAGCGGCUACUUCGCGGCACAGCCUCGCUUCGAAGAAUCAACGCCCGUGGCCUACGACAGCCGGCCCCGCUACGAGCCUGGCCCGAAAGCCUUCAACCUCUCCCAGCUGAGGUACGAGGAGCCCCCUCCCCCCGGCUACGAAGUCCACGGGAGGUACAAGUCGGAGCCCCAGCCAUAUUCUGCCACGGUGCCCCGGUCGCCCGAACCGAAGCAUUACUACGAGUCGCAACCGCGAGGCUACGAGCAAGCGCCUCCACCGGGUUUCAGCACCAAAGCAGCUCCCUACGAGGCGGCCCUCGGCACCGGGGGCCCGCCCCUCCCUCCCCAGAGCAAGCCCGAAGCCCUGCCUUGCAACAGUAAAGCACUGCCCACCCCGCCCGCCAAGGAGGAGGAGGACGACCCGGCCAUGAAACCCCAGUCGGUGCUCACCCGGGUGAAGAUGUUUGAGAACAAGCGCUCCUCGUCGUUGGAAAAGAUCAAGGACUCGAACGAUGUCUCCGCGGUGAAGCAUCCUCCGGAACUUGCGCCUAAGCCAAAUGUGGCGCCGCUGACCGGCCCCAAAACAGCCUCUCAAAACCCGAGCGACAAAUCAGCGUACAGAGCCCCUGAACCGCAGAGACCUCAAGCCAAGCCUCCUGAGGACAUCGUCCGAGCCAACCAUUACGACCCGGAAGAAGAUGAGGAAUAUUACCGCAAGCAGCUCUCCUAUUUCGACCGCCGGAGCUACGACAACAAGCCUGCCGCCCAAGUCCCCAGCAGCCAUCAUGCGGAGCCAGGAAAAGCCGUUCACAAUCAGUUGAACUACACCAAUUACUCUUCCAAGGGGAAAUCAGUAGACGUGGAGCCCCUGGAGAGGGGCCUUGGGGACAAGCGCUACGAGCCCCCUCCUCAAGUAACUCUCCCGGUGCCCUCCGUCCAGUACACCCAACCUCAGUCCAUCAAUAACCCCAUCGUGUCUCUUCAACCCAAGUCGGUCUUGGCUGAAGACUUCCAGAAUUCCCCGCUGUCCAAACCGGAGCUGCCACCGCCCCUGCCUCAGAACAAACCAGCAGCUUUCAGAUCUUCCAGCCGAGAAGACACGGUGCAGGCUACUUACUACCCUCAGAAGAGCUUCCCUGACAAAGGACCCAUCAACGGGGUCGAGCAGCUCGCCAAAACCACCACCCCCGCCUACAACCGCUUCGCCACCUCCUCCAAGCCCUACACCAGCGCGGCCCGGCCCUUCGAGCGCAAGUUUGAGAGCCCCAAGUUCAACCACAACCUCUUGCCGGAGGAGACCCUCCCGAAGCCCUCCGAGAUACCUUCAGCCAAGCCUCAGCAUUCUCCCCAGCCUCUUCUGAAAGCACACAGCUCCGCUCAGCCCGAGUUCGAGAGCAACCUGGAGAGCUUCUCCGGCCAAGGGGACAAACUCAAGUACCAACCAAAUAACAUCAGCGCCGUGCCGAAGGCCAUCCCCGUCAGUCCUUCAGCUUUGGAAGAUGACGAGGAAGAGGAAGGCCACACGGUCAUCGCCACCGCGAGGGGCGUUUUUAACAGCAACGGGGGCGUCCUCAGCUCCAUAGAGACGGGCGUCAGCAUCAUUAUACCGCAAGGAGCCAUCCCAGAGGGGAUAGAGCAGGAGAUCUAUUUUAAAGUCUGCCGGGAUAACAGCAUCCUUCCGCCUCUAGACAAAGAGAAAGGCGAGACGCUCCUGAGCCCGCUGGUCAUGUGUGGGCCGCAUGGACUCAAAUUCCAGAAGCCCGUCGAGCUGCGUUUGCCACAUUGUGCGUCUAUGACCCCUGAUGGUUGGUCUUUUGCUCUAAAAUCCUCCGACUCCUCGUCGGGUGACCCCAAAACUUGGCAGAACAAGUCUCUUCCCGGAGAUCCUAAUUAUCUUGUUGGAGCCAAUUGUGUGUCAGUUCUAAUAGAUCACUUCUAACCCUUACCUUUAGCGAGUGGAUCUGAGUGCGAAAACCAAGAUUUUUUUAAAGAAAGAAAAUCAGACCAAAAAACAAACAAACCACAAACAAAAACCAACCAACCAACCAACCACCUGCAUAGAAACUGAACCACUUUUUCCAAGUAUUAACCGUUCUCCUAGUAUUAAGCAAUCUGUGGUUUGACUAACAGCAGCUAGUCAGGACGUACUUGAGCCGUGGGAUCAGGGUACAUGUGUUUGCAGCAGCUAAACAAACCGGUCAGCAGGGGCCACGCCACGUCCUGGCGGGGGGGGGGGGGAGCCUCUCACCUUCCUUAAAACGGGACACUUAACGCAUCCUUGCUUAGAACCUUAAAACUACCACCGAAGCAAUGCAAUUUAGUGUUUUCCCCCCCUCCCUUCCCUUCCUCCCCCCACCAGAGGUUCAUAAUUCACUGUUGAAUUAGGGGGUGAUUUCUCCCCCCCCCCAUCUCCGGUUGUUGUUUCUUUCAUUUAUCUGGUCUUGUUGACAAGUUUUCUCCUUUUAAUUUAAACACCUCGAACCAUCAUCCGUAGAAUAUGCAAAGAUGUGAUAUCCAUUCCUUCGUUUCUUUUCUGGAGGAAACACACAACACACACAAACACACACACACACACAUACAUGGCAACUGGAGGGCCCCCCCCCCCCCCGCCUCCCUGUGUUUUCACCCCUCCCUUGGAGGGGAGGGGUGAAAAAAGGAGAUUUUGCUAGCACAAUAGUGGGAAAAUUGUCCUCCUUUUACCCAGGAUUCAUAUUCACCUGCAAGUUACCCUGUUUGUGUGGAAAAAAAACCCCACUUUUUCCCCAGUAACCCCCUUUUGUUACAAGAAAAGAGAAUAACGCAAAGGGGUCGAUUGUGGUUCAUGUGCCUCUCUAAAUUCACCACAUCUGUGACAGACAUGAUAUUUAGCGGAGUUGCCUUAUCCUCCUGCUUUUAACGUAGUUUUCAUCCUCAUCGUAGCUCACCCUACUACUACUACUACGACUACUACAUUGGUAGGGCUUCCGUACUGACCUAGAAGAAAUUACCACUCGGGUGGAGAGGGAUGGGUGGUUUGAGGGUUGUGUGAACACUUUCGCAGGGAAACCGAGAGUUAGGGGGCAUCCUUGGGUUUUGCAUUGUUCAAGCAGAGGGGAAUUCUGAAGAACAUAACGAUGGUAAUGUUUUUCUUUCUUUUUUUCCUUUUUAAUUUUUCUUUCUUUCUCUUUUUUAUUAUUAUUAUUAUUAUUAAUUUUUCAUUUUGUUUUCUGCUGUUGCAUUUUGGGGAGGAAAAUUUAUAGAUGUUCUAGAUUGCUUGUAUAUAAAAACUUGUGCGUA